AUGUCGGCAUCAUUGGCGCCAGAGUGCAACGAAGUCAAAGAGCGUUACGACAGCUGCUUUUUGAAAUGGUAUAGCGAGAAAUACCUCCGCGGCACAGCAACAUCGGAUGAAUGCGAACCUCUGUUUGCAAAGUACAAGCAAUGCCUUAGUCGUGCACUCAAGGAGCGAGGCAUUGACAAAAUGCUCGACGAGGCGAGAGCGGACAACCGCGACAAUGACCUCGAGAACAUGAAGCCAUCAAAUUGA